AACUAUCGAGUUGUCUAUGGAAAAUCCAAAAUCAAGUUGGCAACCUGCUGCAAUAAUCGGAAAUACAACCCUUGGCUAGAAACAUAUGUACACAACGCAUAUCUUGAAACUAAGGAUAUAACGAUCUAUAAGAAUCGGUCGAGAUGGGGAGCAUCGAAAAGGCGUGUAUAUCUGGGUUUCUAUGCCGACUCUGUUCCGAGAUGCACCGAACAGUAAUUCAUAUUUAUAGUGAUCAUGGCCAGCGUUUGUGUCUUGUUGAGAAAAUCAAUGGUUACCUACCAAUAACAAUAUCUCCGACUGAUCCAUUGCCAAAAACCAUUUGCAAAACAUGUUUACAUCGCGUGGAGCAACAUUAUUCGCUGCUAAUGCGACUGACACGAAUGCGGGAGGAGCGAAAGAUUAAAUACUUUAAGCACAAAUCUCGCAGAGAAAUGGAGAGAAAUCCCUCAAUUUCCAGCGUGGAGUGUUCGGAUGAGGAGGAUCAAGGGGCUGCCCCUAACGAGUCAACUGGGAAUGCCCAAACCGAAAGCGAAACUACUGCCCAGCAGAACCAGGAGGAAUCCCCCAUGUCAACAGAGACUGUAGUGCCCAAACCAAACCCAAACAGCGAAAGCCAUGAUGAAAGUGGUGCUGGGCCCAGCAAUAGAGACCCAAAAGAGACUGGCAGCAGCACAGGAAGCACAGGCAGCACCACCCAAGAACUCACGUAGAUUAAUGACUGUUAGCCUCGAUUCUGGUCGGUGGAAUUAUAUAUACGAGUAUGUAUGUAUAUAUAGACGCGACUGUGUGUAUGUACGUUUAGAUUGGAAUAAAAUAAGCAUUUUAUUUAAA